AUGAGCAACAAGGGUGUUUUGUGUUUAAAAAGUCGGUACAUUCGUUGGCACGUAUACGACUGUGGCGCUGAGCAAGUUGCCGCGCGCUUGCUUGAUAAGGAAGAUCUUGCGGUUCACGGCAUAACGCCUGACUUCAAAUACCAUUCCAUUUACUACGAAACACGCAACUUCGAAAAGUAUAUAAAAGACCAACACGUUCCUUUUGUUUUUAUGACAGAGACUGUGACGCUUUUGGUGGAGGCUACACUUGUAUGUCCAGUUAUGGUCUCUGUUUUGGUAAACAUACAAAAAUUUAUAUAA